GUGCUCAAGCUAGUGGAGAACUGGACUGAAUGGGCACUGUUCCCGCCACGCUUCACGAAGGGGCUCGAGGCAGUGAUGUGCAGCAAAUCGGAGAACACGGAGACAGCGUCCACUCUUGUGCAGCAAGCGCAGCAGCAGUGGCAGUCUACAACAGAUGUGGCUACACUCGAGCGUGGUUGCCGGCAGCGUGGUCUUUCUGUCAAAGGUGGCCGCCAACAGUUGUUACAUCGACUUUGCCUUUUCGAAGCCUACUGGCCCCCCGACGAUACCCUUCAGAGUCCUGAGCCGAAGAUGGUGAAGGACCUUGGGGUUGAUGGCAAGGUUGAAGCAGGUCUGGAUGGUGAGUUCUGCGACUGUGGAGUGGAAGAACCGAGGCCUCUAGGACUCCGUGUGGUGCUUCUACCAGAGUGGCAAAGUGGUUCAAGUUCGUCAAAGGAACCGAUCCACACACAACAAGCUCCUCAGCCAAAGAAAGCGAAGAAGGAGCCAAGGGAGCAAGCAAAAGAGGAUGCGACAAAAUCAAUGGACAAGGUGCAGUCAUCAGAAGUUACUCGCCGCGAGCGCUUGCGGCAAGUGGAGGCGGAAGUGGAGCGGUAUCGUCAGCAGCUUGAAAAAGCUUGUGAGCAGCCUGAGGUUCUCCAGAUGAAGUGCGACAGGAGGCGCAUGGAGCUCUUAGAGGCUGCAGCUCAUCAGGAAUCCUGGAGCGAAAGAACGCACGAAUCAGCAGAGUCGGGAGGUGACACUGUGAGCACAGGCGGCCCAGAGGAAGCAGCACAAGCCAUGGAAGACAAACCAAGAGAGGAUGCUAAGUCAGGGAAGGAAAAGGAAGAGGUGACGGUGAGAGCCCUCCCCAAAGAUGCCAAGGAUUCAAAGAAGGAGGACAGAUCCAAGGUAAAGCAGAAAGUGCAAGAAAAGGAGAAGGAUAAAGACAAAGACAAAGAUAAAGACAGAGAGAAAGAUAAGGAAAAGGGUAAGGAGAUGGAGAAGGAACGAAACAAAGAAAAGGAUGGAGAAAAGGACAAGGAAAGGGAGAAAGAAAAGGUGGCCGACAAGGAGAAAGAAAAGGAGAAGGGAAAGGAGGGUAAGGACAAGACGGAGAAGACCAAGGAUAAAGAGUCAAAAGAGAAAGAAAAGGAAAAAGAGAGGGACAAAAAGGCCAAGGACGAGAAGGACAAAGACAAAGAUAAAGGAAGAGCUAAGGACGAGAAGGAGAAGGAGCGCAGGAAGAGGAGUCGUGAUCGUGAUCGCAGUUCCUCGCAGAGGAAAAGGAAAGCAAGCCCUGGGCGUGCACAGAAGAAGCGGUGGCCCUGCAUUUGUGUGGUACGCCAGUUGCACCUUUGCUGUACCCAAGCCAGAAGUGGCUCGAAUCAAGGAAUGACGAGAUUUACCAGUACGCAGAAGACGCACCUGAUGGACACAUUACCCACUACAGCGUCAAGACGUAUGGAGGGCGCGAGGGAUCGGAGAGAGCAACCUUUUCAAAGGAAUUGCUUUUCAGACGACAAAGGUAAGAGCUGGCUCGAAGCAAGCUGCAGAGGAUAAAGAAGGACGUACUGAAAUUCCGCGACGAGUGCUAUGAAAAGGUUCACUACCAAAUCCGAAAGCGGGCAAAACGGCCCAGACGCAGUGUCAAUGACAACUUACAGCUGACGCUGGCUGGAAUGAGGCACAAUGUAGGCCUCAUGUCAGAACCACAGAUAGCGCGAUGCCAAUCAAUGCAUAGACCUGCAUUUGGACGCUGCACCAAAGAUGGCGCAAUACUGAAAGAUGAAUUCGAGCACGGGUGCCUACCUUUGUUCUACUUGCAAUCAUAAAACCCCGCAGUUAUAGCAAUUUUUGUCCUCAGCAAUGCUAAUUGGGGUAGAGGUGGAAUGCACCAUCUACUGGACCAUCUGCAGAAUCUACGUACAAAUCGUGCUUUUGUCCAGGUGCAACCUUAGAUCUCGAGUCGAGUCUUUUAAUGCGGAGCGGAGUUUGCGUGAUUUCUAGCUCAAAGAUGAUUCCAUUGCACAUUUGUUGUUGAGCCAUUUGUGAAUAUGCCGGCUACCAUCGGCUACCCCUGAGUUGCGCCAACAAUUUUAUCAGUAGAGUUGGAUGUUGCAUAGAAGCAACGGUAAUUGAAAGAAGCGCGUCGUAAUACACAAAGGAAAGCACAGUGAGGCAGGCACGUAUAAAAUGUACAUCCUGACAUCGUUACAC